GCCGAACGGGAAGCGACUUUCCGCACAAUUCAAAUAGAGUCGCAGUUUGGUGCAGAGAUGUCUCCCUAUAAGCUACUCCUGCUGGUUCUCUCAGCAUCACUGUUCUCCCUGCUGCAAGCUCAGUCAACCACCGAUGACACGAAAUUGAAGAUCCAGGAAAAGAAACUGUCGAUCAAAAGCCUGAUUGCCAAAAUCAGAGCGAGAAUCGAUAAAAAAUCCUCAUCUAAAGGCAAAGCAGCAAAAUUGAUUCAGGCCGGCAUCGAUUGCGCCGAUUCCAAUAUUCAGGGCGUCGAUUCCUGCUGUCCGGGCAUCGACAAAGCGCUGAAAGUUGCGCUGAACAGCAAGAACUGCGCUGCUUUGGGGUCAAAAACGAUUCAGGCGAGCACUUACACCAAAUACUCGCUCAACUUGCUUCAAGACUUGGCCUCCAACAAACUGAACUUGGAAAAAUUUAACGACACUCUCAAGGAGCAAGUGUGCGCCAGCGAAUGUCUUAUCAGAGGAAUUCGAGCAAAUUCGCGCCAAAUGGAUAUUCUUCCCACUGGGAAAAAAGGAAAAUCUUACAGCCAAGACAAAUUUUUCAAGGCAGCGUUUGACGAAUGCAAAACUCCUGCAAAGGAUUUUCUAAAAAAGACCGUGGAUUUUAAAACUAAAAAAUGCAGCGUGGCAGCAUACGUGCAACUUCAGUGCGCAAUCAGGAAAUCACUGCUGGAAUGCAACUCUUAUUCUACUGAGGACCUGUGCAUGGCUCAAAAGGAACAACUCCUCUUCUGCGAUCCAUUCAAGUUCUGAGUGUAUCAUGCUAUCAAAUAAAAGUUUGGUUAUUUUAAAAACUGGAAAUCAACCGCGCAGUA